CUCAGCCAACGGCCUUCUGGGGCCGCCGCCUCCCUCCAGAGCCGCUCGGGUCCCAUUGCAGAGAGUCCCGCAGCGCCCGCCGGCAGCCACGGCACUUCGCAAUAACCAACUUCCCCGCCGCCGGCGCGUCUCGCCAGCCUGCCCUCGGCCGCAGGCGACUGGACGGCGGUUACGGGGCGGUCCCAGCGCCACCACGACUGGCUGUCGGCUCCGCCAGUCAUGGGCUGAUGACGCCCCGGGGCUGGCUCCGCCCCUAGCGGCGGCCCCGCCUCCCCUCCAGAGCCUGGUUGACUUAUCCCUGCUUUCCGCCUCAUUCGUUGAGCAGGUUCGUGAAUUGUCAGUGCGCUGUGGGCGAGUGUGUAGCCGCGGCGGCCGCGAGGCUUGCCGCACUCCCCGUGAGGUGCCCGCCGGAACCAAUGUGCCCUGGUCCACUGGGCCGUGAGCAGCCACCGACUGGGGGCAAUUUGGCACUUAGAACCGCAGCAGGGACGUCGGUUUGCUAUCGGGACUCGGCGAGGACGAUGGAAAUCCUGUAUGAAUGUGGAAGCCAUUAGCAGAGUAAUUGCUGUCUGUUACCAUGACAACCAGCCGCUGCAGUCACCUGCCCGAAGUCCUGCCAGACUGCACCAGCUCAGCUGCACCCGUGGUGAAGACGGUGGAGGAUUGUGGCAGCCUAGUGAAUGGGCAGCCGCAGUAUGUCAUGCAAGUUUCAGCCAAGGACGGGCAGCUGCUGUCAACAGUAGUGCGGACUCUUGCCACCCAGAGCCCCUUCAAUGACCGGCCGAUGUGCAGGAUCUGCCACGAGGGCAGCAGCCAAGAGGACUUGCUCUCUCCAUGUGAAUGUACAGGGACCUUGGGGACAAUUCAUCGGAGCUGCCUGGAGCACUGGCUGUCAUCCUCAAACACCAGCUACUGUGAACUCUGCCACUUCAGGUUUGCAGUCGAGCGCAAACCCAGGCCGUUAGUGGAGUGGCUGAGAAACCCUGGCCCCCAGCAUGAGAAGCGGACUCUGUUUGGCGACAUGGUGUGCUUCUUGUUUAUAACUCCCCUGGCCACCAUCUCGGGCUGGCUGUGCCUGCGGGGCGCCGUGGACCACCUGCACUUUAGUAGUCGGCUGGAAGCCGUCGGACUGAUUGCACUCACUGUCGCACUCUUCACUAUUUACCUCUUUUGGACACUAGUGUCAUUUAGGUACCACUGUCGAUUGUACAACGAGUGGCGUCGGACCAAUCAGAGGGUGAUUCUCCUCAUUCCAAAGUCUGUCAAUGUACCUUCUAACCAGCCGUCCUUGCUGGGCCUCCAUUCGGUCAAGAGGAACUCAAAGGAGACAGUUGUUUGAUAUUUGUAUGGUUGGUUGGUUGAUUCAUUGUUUGGGGUUUGGAAGUGUCUGCACUGGGGUCAUGCACUGAGCGACCCCCAAGCCCUUCCUUAAGCCUGUGGGUCUAAGAACAUCCAGAGCAUAUUAGCACAUCACUCCAAACAACGACCUCCGCCAGAAGAAAGCAAAUGCUGUUUUACUUCAAAUGAUGGAUGCUGCAAUCAUAUGAUAUUUGCUAAGCUGCCAAACAUGUUUAUUUAGCAGAUACUGUAUGGAAUUUUCUGAACACCUCUUUAACGUAUGAGGAAGGUUGUCCUGCUACGGAUGCAAUUCAGUUCUUCCUUUUUUAUUACUAUUUCAAACACACACACAUAUAUAUAUAUUAAACUUAGAUGAUAAUCAAAAUCAAAAAGCCAACGUAAAAACUGGUUUCUUGGUUUGGUUGGGUCUUAUUUGAGUUAGUUUGUUUCUCAGUUUCUCGUAUGGAUUCUUUCGGGUACUUUGGUAGCCUGAGUGGUCUUUUUCAUCUCUUUCGCGUCCAUUAAUCAAGGAGACAGCAUAACAGAUGCAGAACAAGUCAUAUUUGAAGAAUGUUUUGUACUAAACUUCAUUUAAUUAUUCAGUUUUUAAAGGGAAAAAGGGCGUGGCAACUCUCCACACAGUGAGCUGUUUAUUUAAAUAUCAUUAAGGAGAAAAAAAAAUAUGGUGAGAAGCUCGCUCCUUUCAACUUGUUUGGUACUGACAGCUGAUAGAAGCUAUUUUCUAAUAAUAAACAUCCAGUGUGUGAAAGACAAAA